AAAAAAGUUUGCGAUGGAAUGUUUCGGUAUUGGUAAUAAAUUUCUGUCCUCAAGUGUCCAACUACAACUUCGACAAGUCCAAGCAGUGCAUCGGUGCCAUGACCAUCGAGAUUGACUUCCUGCAGAAGAAGAGCACCGACUCCUCACCGUAUGACUCGGAUAAGAUGGCCGCCGAGUUCAUCCAGAAGUUCAACAGCCAGGGCUUUUCUGUCACGCAGCAGCUGGUCUUCAGUUUCUGCGACAAACUCUUUGGACUGGUUGUCAAAGACAUUGAGGCGAUGGAUGCCAGCAUCCUCAAAGGCGAAGCGGCCUCUGGAAAGAAACCGCAGAAGAUUGAUGUUGGGCUACUGGUGGGAAACAGUCAGGUGAUUUUUGAGAAGGCGGAGAGUUCAUCCUUGACACUUGUUG